GCUUGGAGGACGGAAGCCAAACACACACAUUCACACACGUCACAGCACCCCAUCCACACACAUCCAUCCGAACGACCCUGAGGUUUCGACAAGCGACCUACAGCAGCAGCUGACAGCAUGGCUGACAAGGGUGACAGCGCCAAGCAGGUGACCGAGGAGUUUCCUGUCAAGGCAGAGGAGAGCGACCAGGUUGCAGCUGCGGACAAGACAAACGGCGCUCCACACGCGGCAGAGAGCGCGGCAACCAUUGGCAAGGAAGAAGAGCAAGAAGAGGAAGAACAAGAAGAGGAAGAACAGGAUAAUGAGCAGCAAGAUGGCGACAACAAGGAGGAAGAGGAGGUGACCAACGAGCAACAAGAGGAGAAGGACGGAGACAAAACAAACCACCCACAGGAUCAGCAGCAAGAACAGCAACCACAAGAGCAGGAUGCUGCUGAAGCAGAGGAGGAGGCCAGUGCAGCGGAGCUGCCUCAGCCAAAGCAGAAGCAAACCAUGCAGCAACAACAGCAACAGCAGCAGGAACAGCAACAGCAACAGCAACAGCAGCAACCAUCAGCCAACGCAGUUGAUCAGGUCGCUGACCAACAGGAGGGUGGCGCUGAGAUGGGCGUCGACAAGAAGAAACGCAAGAAGCGCCGCAAGAACCGACGCAAGAAGAAGAAACAACAGCAGGAACAGCAACAGCAGCAAAACGGCGUGAACGGCAACGGCGAAAACGGAAUUGCGCUUCGGUUCACCAAACCGGCGGGCGCCUCCGACCUGGAUGACCUCGGUGGGUUUGGCCGCGAACACGAGACGACAGACGAGCGCCGCGCGCGCCUCAAGCGCAUGCAGCGGGCCGUGCGGGAGCUGCUGGUGUGUCUUGGUGAGGACCCGUCACGCCCUGGUCUGCUGGACACCCCGCGGCGCGUGGCCAAGGCACUCGACUUUAUGACACGCGGGUACACUCAGAUCCCCGGCCGCGUCAUUCGCAACGCCAUCUUCCCCGAAGACCACGACGACAUGGUCAUCGUCAAGGACAUUGAGUUCUUCAGCAUGUGCGAACACCACAUGGUCCCCUUCUUCGGAAAGGUGCACAUUGGGUAUCUGCCGCGGAAGAAGGUGCUUGGUCUGAGCAAGUUCGCCCGUGUCGUCGAGGUCUUCUCACGCCGCCUGCAGGUGCAGGAGCGGCUGACGAAACAGAUUGCGGAGGUGCUGAUGGAGGUGCUCAACCCAACGGGAUGCGCAGUCAUCGUCGAGGCACAGCACAUGUGCAUGCUGAUGCGCGGCGUGCAGAAGACGCAGACGACGACGACGACGUCGACAAUGCUGGGGACAUUCCGUGUGGACGCACGCACGCGGGACGAGUUCCUGCGGCUGCUCUACCGGGGUUGAUUGAUUGAUGGUGGUGGUGGUGGUGGUGGUGGUGGUGAUGAUGAUGAUGGUGAUGAUGCAAGCAGUGCGGUUGUUUUGGUGGUAAGUGGCGGAUGGCAACACAUGCGCUCAGCUGGUCACAACAGGCGUUGAUGCAUUGUCGGUAUUUGCGUGCGCGUGUGUGCGUGUAGUCGUCCUGUACGGUUCUUUCAAGUAGGUGGUGCUAGUGAUUAGCAUUGUUGUGGUGCAAGUGUUCACAGCAGCUCUCUGUCUGCCUGUCUGUUGAGUCGGUUUAUUCAUCACAAUCAUGCGUAGCAUUGUUCAGAUACACAGUAACAACAUCGGGUGAAGCUGAAGCCACACAACGCACAGCGGAGAACAUGCCAUC